UCAGCCUUUAAGAGACCUAGCUUAAACUUUUAGCUACAUUUAAAAUAUAUGUUUCUUUGUUUACCAAGUUGUGCCAAGACGCUAUAAAAUGUUUUUUUUUCUACCUGUGGAUAUCUACAGUGAACCUUUUUGAACACAAGCAUGGCUCCUUUUUGACGAAGCUCAAAAAACUCCGCGGGGAAGUUCCCUAGGAAAUCCCCGGUUCGGGGGAUAUUAUUCUCUGAUGAGCCAAAUUUGAGACAAUUGACGACGGUCUUUUUCUAAAGACACGGGGCUCGAGGCAGAGGCGUCAAAUGCUGGAUUUUUAAGAGACUGGUGCGUCUGUCAAAGUCUACAAAACCCGCAAUGGAUAACGUCAGUAUAAACACCACGGAUAACGACAUGCUCAGAGACAAAAUGCGGAGUUACAGCGUGCUUAAUACUCUGUAUCAUGAGACGCGGCAGGAAAUAGACCUUCUGAACAGACAGAUCUCUGUAAAGGACGGUGUUAUUGCAGAUUUAAAAGCCAGGCUGGGGAGACACGAGAGGCUCUACAUGACGGUGGGAGAUAAGGAGUCUGUGCUCAUCAGUCCGUCCAACUCUUUGGUGGAGAGUUUACUCAAUGAAAUAUGCAAACUAAAACAGAAGAAGAACGAAGGGGACUUGAAGGCAGCCCGACAAGCUGAGGAGAUCCAGAGGCUGAACACUCAGCUCAGGGAGAAAGAGCUGGAGCUGGAGACCAUCAGAUGUCAGCCGGACCACGAGAAGGACCGGGAGAUCCAAAGGCUACGGGUAGCCUUGCAGGAGAGGGAGCAGGCUGAGGCCACCAGAAGUGUCCUCUGUACCUCCCUGGCCGAGGAGGCCGACCAGCUACGCAGGCAGCUCGGUGCAACUGUUAAGGUGUGCCAGGAGCUGAUGGCGAGACUGGAGAAAGACAAAAGGGGAGGAGGAGAAGUGGAAGAUGUGGCCCUUACGCAAAAGAAUGCAGAGGUGCCAGAGUCCUCUGAGAUGGGUAGUGUUAAUGCCCAAAUCCGUCAGCUUCAGGAGGAGAAUCAACAGCUAAAGCAGCGUGUGGCAUAUGUACAAAGCCUGAAUACUCAGUGGCAGAAGUAUGACUCCAGCAGGGAGGACUAUAUAAGAGGUUUAUGUCAGAGGCUGAAGGACAGCACCGGGCAGGGCUUGAUGCCUGCGAUGGGCUCCACCAACACUGGAUUGCUUCAUCAGGAGAUUUCCAGGCUCAACGGCUUACUGGAGGAGAAAAUGAGGGAGUGUGCACGGCUUGCUAGAGAAAUGGAUGACAUCAGAAGACAAGACAAGGAGCAAAUUCAGACACUUGAGCAACAGGUUCUUAUCUACACUGAUGACUUUAAGUCAGAGCGUGCGGACAGGGAGCGAGCGCAGGGCCAGAUUGAUGCCCUGAAGGAGCAGGUUUCUCAGCUAAAACAGCAGCUGCACAAACAGCAGGGAGCUAGCAGAGAGAGCAGAGACGUGGUUCCCUUGUGUCACGUGCACAUAGGACACAGGAUCUCCUCAAAGCGAAGUAAAGACACGUCAGAGCCUCUGUUGAGGACCACUGCUGAGAGGCGGCAGCAGCACCAGAAGCACCAGCAACCUGCAGCUGCGGCGGCAACCCCAAACUCUGCCUGGAAUGAACACCCAGGCAUGUCAGAGUUGCAGUGCCCGCAGUGCCUCGCCACGUUCAGUGACACAAAAGCUGCAGAGUACCUGAACCACUGCUUAGAGUGUGCCCGAGUGUAAAUGGAAGAACACUGAUUUGGAAAUAACAGUCAUUUCUUACUGACAGUAACUGAACACUGAAGACCAGCACUACACUGCAGAAAAUACCCCGAGUGGAGAUUCCAAUUCUGAGAAGCUUGACUACAAAUCAAACAACUGACUUACCUUUUUUCUUUUUUUUGUACAUAAAGAAACAAAUCUGUACAAUUGGCGCAUAUAUAUAUAUAUAUAUAUACCUGACAUCGGAU